AUGUACGCCUUCUACUCUCUUUUGGUCUACAUCUUCUACACUGUCUUCAAGAAGGAGGAGGAAGAAGCCUUGGAGGCAUCAUGUGGAGCGGCUACAGACGAGCCAAGACCUGUUUCCAUGGAAACAGGGAGAAAGGUAGAUGGCCACACCCCCAAAAUAAGAAAGAAGGCCUGUGCUAGCCUCAGUGAUUCAAGUAGUAGCAGUGAUAGUGAUGACAUGUCACUGAGUGAUGACGAUGAACAAUAUGAAGUCCCAGCAUGCACUCCUCUGGCAGCAUUUUUAUCCUUUAAGCAGGAGUCUGACAAGAAGAGGACCUCACAAGGCCAGAUGGAGACAACAGGAAAGUUGGGAGAGUCCCCUUUGAUGGCCGUCAUGUCCCACCUGCUGAGCUUCCUGGAGCAGUACUCCCAUUUCCAGCAACUGCAGCAGCAGGCCGAGCAGUACCGUGUCCAGCUCAAGAGGCACCGGGUACAGCACCGCCGACAGAUGAAAGCGCUGCGAGCCACCUAUCGUCAACGUCUCAAGGACAAGAAGAGCAUCAUUUGUAACCUGGAGGAAGCAGUCAGCCAGCAGCUGAGCCCGCAGAGUGACGGCGAAAGUGGCAGUGACGCAGGUGCUCAAGCGGGAGUUCACAGCCUGGUGGAGUCUCUGUACGGCCUCCAGGGGGAACGCAGCAAAUUGAGAGGAGAACUGCGUCUGCUGCGCUCGCAGCUGGAACAGAAGGACCGAGACCGACACACUCGCAUAGUGGCCUUUCAGCAGCAGAUUGAUGAGCUUAAAAGUGGAAUUGAAGAACGUGAAGAGGAGCUGUGCAGACUCAAAACUGCAACUGGUGCCACAGACUCAGAAAAACGUGUCUUGUGUCUUUCGGCGGAGAAUGAAACUCUAAAGCAAAGCCUGACUGUCACCCAAGGCCUCCUGCAGCAGCUAACCACCAUUCCCUCACAGUCCAGCACCAUGCUCAUCAAGGAAAACGAGAAUCUGAGGAGUCGCGUGCAGCAGCUGGAGGCUUCCCUGCAGCAGCGCGCUGAGCAGCUGUCGCAGCUGGAGCAGCAGAGCGAACGGAGUGAGUGGAGGAGAGGAGAGGAGUUGAGAAGACGAGAGGAUAGAGUGAGGGAGCUUCAGCUGGAGCUGGACAGAGAGAGGGGCAGAGAGCCCGUGGUAAAGUAUGUCACCAAAACCGUUGAGGUGGAGUCCCCGGCCACCAUGAAGCAGCUGACCAAAGCCAGACAAAGGAACGAGUUGCUGUCUGAGAAGUUAUCUAACCAAAAUGAGCGCUGCAAGCAGCUGGAAGAGCAAAUCCGGAAGUCAGAUGAGUACAGCUGCAAUCUGCAGCACAAGAUUGCAGCUUAUGAGCGGGAGAUAGGACAGCUGAGAGAGGAGCUCCUAAAGGAGAUCGGCCACUUGGAAGAGAGGAAGGAGGAGGCAGUGAAGGCUGCUGCGAACUGCUCGACAGAACAUUUUGAGGAUCUGCAGCACCAGUUCUUCAGUUUACAGAAGCGUCUGACGGCCCUUCCCCCAACUCUGCGCUCUAUGAAAACAGACUACGCCAGCCUGAGGAGCCAAGUUCGGAACUUUUCUGAGUUUUACGGAGCGGCAAUAAAGGAGGCAAAAAAACAGGUUUCAGCAGCAAUCUUUGAAAUGUCAGAGGCUAACAAAGACCUUCUGGAAAAAUACAGAAAGGAGGUUGCACUGCGCAGGAAGUUGCAUGAGCAGCUGGUGGAAUUAAAAGGUAACAUCCGGGUGCUGUGCCGUGUGAAGCCUGUUCUGAAAGAGGACCAACGCGAAGAGGGCACAUCCGUGGUGGUCAGCACGGACCCCGAUAACGAGUCCUCUCUGAGUGUGUUGAGUAAAGGAAAGGGUCGCACCUUUGAGCUAGACAAGGUCUUCCACCCUCAGGCUACGCAGGAAGAGGUCUUUCAGGAGAUUGAACCUCUUGUGACCUCAUGUAUUGAUGGCUACCACGUGUGCAUAUUUGCAUAUGGGCAGACUGGCUCUGGGAAAACCUAUACUAUGGAGGGCAGUGUGGAGAACCCGGGCAUCAACCAGAGGGCCCUGAAACACCUAUUUAGUGAAAUAGAGGAACGAAAGGACAUGUGGUCUUACACUGUCACUGUCAGCUCCGUGGAGAUCUACAACGAGGUGCUAAGGGAUCUACUGAGCAAGGAUGGAGAGAAACUGGACAUCAAAAUCAAUCCGGAUGGAACAGGACAGUUGCACGUGCCGGGUCUCAGGGUCAUUGAGGUUAAGAGCUUUCAACAUAUCAAGAAGAUUUUAGCUAUGGCCCGCAGGAACAGGAUCACAUUUGGCACUCAGAUGAACCAGCACAGUUCUCGCUCUCAUGCUCUUCUCUGCAUCACAGUUCAGGGCACUGACCUCGCCACCGGCUCCAAAACCACCGGCAAGUUGAACCUGGUUGAUUUGGCGGGAUCGGAGCGGGUAUGGAAGUCAGGUGCAGAGGGCGAGAGGCUGAAGGAGGCUCAGAAUAUAAACCGCUCCUUGUUGGCUCUCGGGGAUGUCAUCCAGGCUUUGAGAGCACGACAAACUCAUAUCCCUUUCAGGAACUCUCGCCUUACGUACUUGUUGCAAGACUCACUGGGUAAAGGCAGCAAAACAGCCAUGGUGGUGCAGGUGUCUUCUCUAGAGAGCAAUGUAGGUGAGACACUCUGCUCACUGAAGUUUGCCCAGCGGGUGUGCAAGGUGGAGCUUGGCCCUGCAUCCAGGAAGAUCGAAUCUGGCGGUGGGCAGUGCGACUGA